AGACCCAGUGGUCAGAUAAAUUCCUCCCCUUUGCCCCCGGCCCCGCACAGCCUCCCAGGAACUUCCUGCCUUUCACUCUCACUACCGCUCAGCUCCCCUCCUCUGCCCUCUCCCGGCAGACCCAGCAGGACCCACACGUACCAGCCAGCAGCAUGGCCACCAAGUGCGGGAGCUGCGGACCCGGCUACCCCUCUCCCCUAGAGGCCAUGAAAGGGCCCCGGGAAGAGAUAGUCUACCUGCCCUGCAUUUACCGAAACACCGGCAUUGAGGCCCCGGAUUACCUGGCCACGGUGGACGUUGACCCCAAGUCUCCCCAGUAUUGCCAGGUCAUCCACCGGCUGCCCGUGCCCCACCUGAAGGACGAGCUGCACCACUCGGGCUGGAACACGUGCAGCAGCUGCUUCGGGGACCGCAGCAAGGCCCGCAGCAAGCUGGUGCUGCCCAGCCUCAUCUCCUCCCGCGUCUACGUGGUGGAUGUGGGCACCGAGCCCCGCGCCCCGAAGCUGCACAAGGUCAUUGAGCCCGAGGACAUCCACGCCAAGUGUGGCCUGGGCUACCUUCACACCAGCCACUGCCUGGCCAGCGGGGAGGUGAUGAUCAGCUCCCUGGGGGACCCCAAGGGCAAUGGCAAAGGGGGGUUCGUGCUGCUGGAUGGAGAGACCUUCGAGGUGAAGGGGACGUGGGAGAAGCCAGGGGGCGCUGCGCCUCUGGGGUAUGACUUCUGGUACCAGCCUCGGCACAACGUCAUGAUCAGCUCCGAGUGGACAGCUCCCAACGUUCUAAGAGACGGCUUCAACCCCGCGGAUGUGGAGGCUGGACUGUACGGGAGCCACCUGUACGUGUGGGACUGGCAGCGCCACGAGAUCGUGCAGACCCUGACCCUGCAGGACGGGCUCAUUCCCCUGGAGAUCCGCUUCCUGCACAACCCCGCCGCCGCCCAGGGCUUCGUGGGCUGCGCCCUCAGCUCCAGCAUCCAGCGCUUCUUCAAGAACGAGGGAGGCACCUGGUCGGCAGAGAAGGUGAUCCAGGUGCCGCCCAAGAAGGUGAAGGGCUGGAUGCUGCCUGAGAUGCCAGGCCUGAUCACUGACAUCCUGCUGUCCCUGGACGACCGCUUCCUGUACUUCAGCAACUGGCUGCACGGGGACCUGCGUCAGUACGACGUCUCUGACCCCCAGCGGCCCCGGCUCACCGGGCAGCUCUUCCUGGGGGGCAGCAUCGUGAAGGGGGGCCCCGUGCAAGUGCUGGAGGACCAGGAGCUGAAAGGCCAGCCAGAGCCCCUGGUGGUCAAGGGGAAACGGGUGGCUGGAGGCCCUCAGAUGAUCCAGCUCAGCCUAGACGGGAAGCGCCUCUAUGUCACCACGUCGCUGUACAGCGCCUGGGACAAGCAGUUUUACCCUGAUCUCAUCAGGGAAGGCUCCGUGAUGCUGCAGGUUGAUGUGGACACAGUAAAGGGAGGGCUGAAGUUGAACCCCAACUUCCUGGUGGACUUCGGGAAGGAGCCCCUCGGCCCAGCCCUGGCCCAUGAGCUGCGCUACCCCGGGGGUGACUGCAGCUCUGACAUCUGGCUCUGAAGCGCACCCCUCGGAGCCAGCCCCCGGCCACGUUCUGAGCCCUCUCUUCCCCGGGGACCUGGCUUCCCUCUGCUCCCUGGGCCACCGCCCGUGGCAGCUCGCCCUCCCAAAGCCAGACGGAGGCUGGCGAAAGGCAUGGAGCCGAGUCUCCAGGCACCAACCACUGCUAUGUGCUGCUCACCGUGCUGUCUCUGCGUGAGCUCUUGAGAUUAUUUCACACAAAAAAUAAACCUAUUCCUUAGGUCA